AUGGGGCGCCUGGGGCUGGUCGUCCUGGGCCUCGCCUGCUGCUUGGCCGGGGCAAGCGCUGCAAAGCUGGGUGCCGUGUACACUGAAGGAGGCUUCGUGGAAGGUGUCAACAAGAAGCUGAGCCUCCUGGGUGGCGACUCUGUCGACAUCUUCAAGGGCAUCCCCUUUGCCACUGCCAAGACCCUGGAGAAUCCCCAGCGUCACCCCGGCUGGCAAGGGACCCUGAAGGCCAAGGACUUCAAGAAGCGAUGCCUGCAGGCCACCAUCACCCAGGACAACACCUAUGGGGAUGAAGACUGCCUCUACCUCAACAUCUGGGUGCCCCAGGGCAAGAAGCAAGUCUCCCGGGACCUGCCGGUGAUGAUCUGGAUCUACGGAGGCGCAUUCCUCAUGGGGGCUGGCCACGGGGCCAACUUCCUCAACAACUACCUGUAUGACGGGCAGGAGAUAGCCACGCGUGGGAACGUCAUCGUUGUCACCUUCAACUACCGCGUCGGCCCCCUGGGCUUCCUCAGCACGGGGGACGCCAACCUGCCAGGUAACUAUGGCCUUCGGGAUCAGCACAUGGCCAUCGCCUGGGUGAAGAGGAACAUUGGGGCCUUUGGGGGGGACCCCAACAACAUCACCAUCUUUGGAGAAUCAGCGGGAGGUGCCAGCGUCUCUCUGCAGACCCUCUCCCCCUACAACAAGGGCCUUAUCCGGCGAGCCAUCAGCCAGAGCGGUGUGGCCCUAAGCCCCUGGGCCAUCCAGAAAGACCCACUCUUCUGGGCCAAGAAGGUUGCCAAAAAAGUGGGCUGUCCCUUGGAUGACACCGCCAGGCUGGCCAGGUGUCUGAAGAUCACCGACCCCCACGCCCUGACCAUGGCCUACAAGGUGCCCCUGGCAGACCUGGAGUACCCCGUGCUUCACUAUCUGGCCUUCAUCCCGGUCAUCGAUGGAGACUUCAUCCCCGAUGACCCCGUCAACCUGUUCGACAAUGCUGCCGACACAGACUUCUUAGCAGGCACCAACAACAUGGAUGGCCACCUCUUUGCAGGCGUGGACUUGCCGGCCAUCAACAAGAACAACCAGGACAUCACAGAAGAGGACUUCUACAGGCUGGUCAGCGGGCUCACUGUCACCAAGGGGCUCAGGGGUGCCCAGGCCACCUUCGACAUCUACACUGAGUCCUGGGCCCAGGACCCCUCCCAGGUGACCAGGAAAAAGACUGUGGUGGACCUGGAGACUGACAUUCUUUUCCUGAUGCCCACAGAGAUCGCCCUGGCACAGCACAGAGCCAAAGCCAAGAGUGCCCACACCUACUUCUACCUGUUUUCCCAUCCCUCUCGGAUGCCCGUCUACCCCAAAUGGAUGGGGGCCGACCAUGCUGACGACCUCCAGUAUGUCUUUGGAAAGCCCUUUGCCACCCCGCUGGGCUACCGGCCCCAGGACAGGACUGUCUCCAAGGCCAUGAUUGCCUACUGGACCAACUUUGCCAGAAGCGGGGACCCCAACAUGGGCCACUCGGCCGUGCCCACACAUUGGUACCCCUACACCCUGGAGGACGGCAGCUACCUGGAGAUCACCAAGAAGCUGGACAGCAGUUCCAUGAAGCAGCACCUGAGGGCCAACUACCUGCAGUACUGGACGCAGACCUACCGGGCACUGCCCACAGUGGUGGGUGAGGGGGCCACCCCAGGGGCCCCCGCCAAUGACUCCCUGGCUCCCCCACUCCCCCCCACCAACGACUCCCGUCCCCCCCCAUUCCCACCCGCCAAUGACUCCCGUCCCCCCCUAUUCCCACCCGCCAAUGACUCCCGUCCCCCCUUAUUCCCACCUGCCAAUGACUCCCUGGCCCUCCCAGUACCCCCUCUGGACCAGUCCCAGGGCCCCCCAGCUCCCCGUGGAUGA